UGCCAUUUUGACUCGAACCCAUCCACGGCAACGAAACCGAGCCCAACCCACUUUGCCCCGCCUCCACCCUACGGCGCCGGCGGCCAUGCAGCGCCGCCGCCACCCCCUCCUCCUCCUCCCCCGCCGCCGCCCGCCGUCCAGAACCCUACUCUCCCGCCUGCUCUCCUCCUCGCCGCCCGCCAGCGGCGGCGGCGGCGGCGGGGGAGGAGGAGGGGUGGCGGUGAAGCAGGUGACGCGGGGGAACCUGGCGGAGGCGCUGGAGGAGCUCCGCGCGCGGGUGCGGGGCGCGGCGUUCGUGGGGAUCGACCUGGAGAUGAGCGGCGUGACGAGCGCGCCGUGGAGGGACACCCUCGGACUCGACCGCGCCGACGUCCGCUACCUCAAGCUCCGCGACUCCGCGGAGCGGUUCGCGGCCCUGCAGCUCGGCGUCUGCCCCUUCCGCUGGGACCCCGCCAAGUCCGCCUUCGUCGCCCACCCGCAUAACUUCUUUAUCUUUUCUCGGAAUGAGCCCCUGAAUGAUUGUUCAACACAUGAAUUUCUGUGUCAGACCACAUCGAUUGACUUCCUUGCAAAGUACCAGUUUGAUUUCAACACAUGCUUCCGUGAAGGAAUAUAUUAUUUAUCCAGAACACAAGAAGAAGAGGCACUUCAGAAAUUAUAUACAUUGCAUAAUAAUGAAACAUCUGCAUAUCCAAACACUUCCGAGGAGGAAGAAGAUGCGCCAUUAAAGAGUGCUGCGGAUGUUCUUUUCACAGAAAGAAUGAAGAUCAAAUUCAAUGAGUGGCGCAAUUCAAUAGUCAGCAAUCAAAGAGUCGAUGACCAUAGGUCAGAAAACUUCAAAUUCGCAGACCAGUUCCAGACUGUUUUCUUCAAAAUGCGUCCUGCUAUCAUGCUUAAUGGAUUCACGUCACAUCAGUUAAAGUUAAUCCGACAGAUUUUAAGAACACAUUUUAGGGACCUUGUGUAUGUGUGUACAUUUUUGGAGGAUGGCGUAUCAGAGAAGAGAGUAGUUUAUACAGACACCAAUGAAGACAAGAUAUCCUUGAUGAAAAAUGUUCGGGAAGAUCUACUAAAAAGCAGGGAAGCAAAAGUCAAAUCAGCAGUAGGGAUCCGUCAUGUCAUUGAUCUUCUUGCCUCAGAAAGGAAAUUGAUUGUUGGUCAUAGUUGUUUCCUAGAUAUUGCACAAAUCUACAGCAAAUUUGUUGGUCCUCUUCCUUCAUCCAUGGAGGAAUUUGCCUUGAGUAUCAACAGAAUGUUCCCACAUAUGGCAGAUACCAGGCAUCUUAUGUCUGUUAAUGACGCGGUUCAGUAUCGUAUGAGGCACAAAAGCAAAUCACUUUCGUCAGCCUUUUCAUUGUUGUGCCCUGCACUUCAUGCACCUGAUGAGAAGUCAUCCACCCUUCCUUCUGUGAGAAUUGAAGUCGAGGCAGAUGAAACAGUGUUAUCUUGCUUCACUUCAGGUGCUAAGCAUGAAGCAGGUUAUGAUGCAUUCAUGACUGGAUGUGUUUUUGUUCAGCUCUGUGCUUAUCAUGGCAUUAAAUUUGAGCAACUCUCUCCCCUGGAGGACCUAGCAACAAACAUUAAUCUGAAGAAACACAUCAAUCUGCUGCCCCCAUGCUGGAACAGUGGAACAGUGCUUGAUUUGAGUACUGGCACGGAGAGACCAGAUGCAGGUUAUAAGCGUAGAUAUCCUGCUGCCGUGUAUGACAACGUCAUUCUUAUCUGGGGAUUCCAGUCUAAGGUGAGACCAAAGGAUAUAAAGGACUGCAUCUGCAAAGUGUUUGGUCGAGCUUCUGUUACAUCAGUCUUCCCGAUUGAUUCCACUGCGGUUCUUGUUCAAUUCAGCAAACAAGAGUCUGUAAACGAUUUCUUGGAUCUGAAGGCUACCUUAGAGAGUGCAGAUAGUGCUAUUUCAGUCUUGCACCCUUUGUCAACUAUACUGGAAGGAGGCAAAACACGAGCGGCAAAAUAUGAUACCUACAGAGAUAUUUGCCGCUCCUCUGUAUCAAAGUUCUCCUUCGCGGAUCAAGCUGAAGCGGUUUGUUCAACUUCAAACAGCGAGUCCAAGUUCAAGGAGUGCAAUGCUGCUGAUGGAUCCGGAGCAUACGGGAGUGCUCUUGAUGGAACUGUGCCUGCCUCGGUGCAGCAGUCAGGAGGAGCGAAGUCUGGCUCCAAGAAUAAAGGCGACGAUGAUUUUUCAUACCAGGAUAUCUUAGAUGCGCUACAGGAUGGCAAAACAUCAGUUGGCAAACGAAUGAGUAACGCAUGACUUACAUUUUUGCCUUCUCCUUGGGCCUGUCUGCUCUGAAUAACAAUUGUUUUGAUGGGUAUCUUAUUUCAUUAAUCUACUUGGCAGGAUGCCAAGAUUGCUGUUUAUUGUGUGCACAUGGUGCACUGUAGGCUACAGAACCUUUUACUGAUGAAAGGGAAAAAAAAAACUUUCUGAUCUCAUUUACAAGGGUGGUUGUUUCUGGAA